CUUCAAGAACAUCUCGGAACAUUUUAAGCUGUACCGAAACAAGAAAAGAAAACGCAAAGGGAAUCCAAGCCUCUACAGGCUUAACUCUUGGGCAUGACCAUAGCAUCUGAUCAGAGGGUGGUUUCCUGGCAGUAAUGCGAGCGCCCACCUGCAGGAUGAACGUGGCCGCGGUGCUCAACGGGCUCCUGGUAUCUGUGGUGGCGGCCCUCCUGUGGAAGUAUGCCAAUCUGCGGGACCAUGCUGCCCAGCUGGAGGAAGAGCUGCUGCUGACACGUCAGUCUCAGGAACUUUUGCAGGUGCGUGUCGACUACCACGCUGCCCUGCUGGCCCUCCAAGAGCAGGGCACGCGCAUGGUCUGCACAGGCAAGAUGCACACUGACCGCAUUUGCCGCUUCGACUACCUGUGCUACUGCACAGAGGCCGAGGAGUUUAUCUUCUUCCACAGCAAUGCCUCCGUCAUGCUUCCCAACCUCGGGCCCCGGCGCUUCCAGCCAGCCUUGUUGGACCUCUCGUCCGUGGAGGAUCACAAUACCCAGUACUUUAACUUUAUGGAGCUGCCUGCGGCUGCCCUCAAAUUCAUGCCUAAGCCAGUAUUUGUGCCCGAUGUCACGCUCAUUCUUAAUCGCUUCAAUCCUGACAACCUCAUGCACAUCUUUCAUGAUGACCUACUUCCCAUCUUCUACACCAUGAGCCAGUACUCCGACCUUGACAAUGAGGCCCGUUUGGUCUUCAUGGAAGGCUGGGGUGAGGGCCCCCACUUCGAUCUCUACCGCCUUCUCAGCAGCAAACAGCCACUCCUCAAGGAGCAACUGAGGAACUUUGGCAAACUCCUGUGCUUCACAAAGUCCUACGUGGGCUUGUCCAAGAUGACAACCUGGUACCAAUAUGGAUUUGUCCAGCCGCAGGGUGCCAAGGCCAAUAUACUAGUGUCAGGCAACGAGAUAAGGCAGUUUGCCUCCUUCAUCAUGGAAAAGCUCAACAUCACCAGGGAAGAGAGCCCAGAGAAUGAUGAAUACAUAGUGGUUUUCAGCCGCUCCAUUAACAGGCUCAUUCUGAACGAGGCAGAGCUGAUCCUGGCACUAGCUCAGGAGUUCCAGAUGAAGGCCAUUACUGUGUCCCUUGAGGAGCACUCACUUGCAGAGAUUAUCCGAGUCAUCAGCGGGGCAUCCGUGUUAGUCAGCAUGCACGGCGCCCAGCUGAUCACCUCUCUCUUCCUGCCGCGGGGUGCUGCCAUGGUAGAGCUGUUCCCCUAUGCUGUAAACCCAGAACACUACACUCCCUACAGAACCCUGGCCUCCUUACCAGGAAUGGACCUCCACUAUGUGGCCUGGAGGAACACCAUCGAGGAGAAUUCCGUGGCGUUCCCGGACCGACCGUGGGAGCAGGGUGGUAUCGUCCACUUGGACGCGGAGGAACAGGAGCGUAUUCUGAAAAGCAAGGAAGUACCGAGGCACCUGUGCUGCCGCAACCCCGAGUGGCUCUUCCGCAUCUACCAGGACACCAAGGUGGACAUCCAGUCACUGCUGGAGGUCAUGAGGCAGACACUGAAGUCCAAACCCAGCCCGAAGAAGGUUAGGCCCACCAGCACUGUCCACCCAGGCCGGGUACGAGAGCCUAAGUGCCAGACCUCGGUUCAGGCUGCCAAUGAGGCCAGGAUGACUGUGUCCUGGCAGAUCCCCUGGAACCUGAAGUACCUGAAGGUGAGGGACGUUAAGUAUGAAGUGUGGAUUCAGGAGCAGGGUGAGAACACAUACAUGCCUUAUAUCCUUCCACACCAGAACUACACCUUCUCAGAAAACAUUAAGCCCUUUACCACCUACCUGGUGUGGGUGCGCUGUAUCUUCAACAAGAACCUUCUAGGCCCCUUUGCAGAUGUUUUGAUGUGUAAAACCUGAUUUGAUUUGAGCAACGGUACUGGAAACCAGUACCUGGCAUGUAGUUCCUGACAACCAGACCUUGUGGCAGGAGAGCAAUUGCUGAAAAAAGCAGUUGACAAACACAUUUUUCUUUUCUUUUUUUUUUUUUUAGUCACCUGAGCUCAGGCUGAGGCAGAACAAACCUCUGUUUAAAAGGCGUUGAGGUUUUCAUACCUGUGAGACCAAAAGGUCAUUACCUUUAUCUCUUGGGGGGGGCUCAGGAGGACUAGUGCAAAAUUACCAUGAAGACUUUUAAGUGAAUAUUAAGUCAUUCACAACUAUAAAGAGG